GCUGAGAGACAGAGCUUUGCUGGGAGAGGGCACGUUGUCCCGGGACACUUGUUUGUAGGAGUUGUCGCUCUAGAAAACGUUCUUGGUGUAGAUUCGGUGAUUGUGUCCCCUUUACAGCUCAUUCAGCAGCAGCUGUUUUCAUCUGAUUUACCUCUUGUAGUUCCUGACUAUUAACAGUGUUCUAAGAUCUCACCGGUCUGGUCCUUCUCGCUUCCCUUACAGCUGAGUGACAUUAACUACAAUAACAAAGUUCCGCUGCCCCUUGCUCUGCUAUUUGUUUGGUCUUUAUAGCGCUCUUAAGUAUUACCCCCUGUCCGUGUGAGUUAAGGUCCCGUUUCCACCCCUGUUGCCCUCUACUCUCUCCAGGCUGGAGCCUUUUACUCAGACGAUCAUGCUGCUGCUGGCUGCCGCCUUCCUAGUGGCAUUUGUGCUUCUGCUCUAUAUGGUGUCCCCCCUCAUCAGUCCCAAACCUCUUAAAUUGGCUGGAGCACACGUGGUGGUGACUGGUGGAUCCAGUGGCAUUGGGAAGUGUGUGGCCGUUGAAUGCUUCAAACAAGGUGCCUUUAUAACUCUGGUUGCACGAGAUGAAGGCAAGCUGGUUCAAGCUAAGAAAGAGAUAGAAAAAUAUUCAAUAAAUGAUAAGCAGGUUGUAUUGUGUAUAUCAGUAGAUAUAUCCAAAGACUACAGACAAGUGGAGAAUGUCAUUAAACAGGCUCAAGAAAAAUUAGGUCCUGUGGACAUGUUAGUGAACUGUGCGGGUAUGGCAAUUGCUGGAAAUUUUGAAGAAAUAGAGAUUGAUAAGUUUGCUAGGCUGAUGGAAAUCAAUUAUCUGGGUAGUGUGUAUCCCAGCCGAGCUGUGAUAUCUACCAUGAAGGAGAGAAGGAUGGGAAGGAUAGUAUUUGUCUCAUCUCAGGCUGGGCAGCUGGGACUAUUUGGCUACACAGCCUAUUCCCCUACAAAGUUUGCUCUUCGGGGUCUGGCAGAAGCCUUACAAAUGGAGGUGAAGCCGUACAACAUUUAUGUGACUGUGGCUUAUCCUCCGGACACUGACACACCUGGGUUUGCUGAAGAAAAUAAAACAAAGCCUUUGGAGACCAAGUUAAUAUCAGAAUCUUCAAGUCUCUGUCAAGCAGACCAAGUAGCCAGAGUGAUAGUUAAAGAUGCUAUUCAAGGUAAUUUCAAUAGUUCAGUUGGCUCAGAUGGUUAUAUGCUGUCCUCCCUAACAUGUGGGAUGUCCCCUGUAACAACCAUCACAGAAGGGCUUCAGCAGGUUGUCACAAUGGGCCUGUUUCGCAUCAUUGCUUUAUUCUACCUUGGAAGUUUUGAUAGCAUUGUACGUCGCUGCAUGAUACAGAAGCACAACUCGCAGAAAUCCUGUAAAACAGAUUAAUAUUCUUAAGUGUCAAGAACUUGACAGACUGCUUGCUGCUAGGAAUACAAAUGACCUAAGGCUAAUGUUCCUGUCACCUGAUUAGUCUACCUAUUCAGCAUGUCACUGUUUUUCCGCCAGGAUAAAGUAUGAGCAUUCUUCAGAUGCUAAGAGCCAGCUGGUUACUAUGCAAACUGAAUUGUGUCCUAAAGCUUAUAUAUGACUUGUGACAUGGACUGUUUGUACACUGUUACUCCAAAUGAAAAGAAGCCUCUUUUUGACUUCCUUCCUGUUAAUAAUGGUCCAUCAACUAAUGGAUGUUUCACAGAACCAUUACCUGUUAAGAAAGCAAAGCAUUGUUUCUGGGCAUGAGAAGUAAUUAGGAAGCAAUCCAGACACCUUGAAGAUAAAUGUGAAACUGCUUACUAUGAUCGAAAGACAGUGUGAAAAUAGAAUGAUUAUAGAUGUUAAGACUGAUGAUGAAGGCCACCUUUACCAUACAUUAUUUUGCAGUGCUUUCAGAAAUGCUAAUGAAACUACUGCAAAUUACCUUAUACAUUUUGUUUUAGUAGUGAAUUGUGGGUGUCAACAAAGUAAGAAUACUCUCUGGCUGCCCGUGCCAUUUGCAAAGCAAACAGAAAUUCUUUGUGAGGGCCACAUCAUAUUUUACUUUUGUCCAUUAGGGUCAAAGGAACAUAGUCCAGCUUACAAAAUUGGUAGUGGGUGUCAACAUUUCACAAAAAAUAUGGAAUGUUCUAAAUAUUAGUUCCUGCUAUUGCCUUUUUCAAAGUAUAUUGGUUGCUUACUUUGUUUUAAAAUAAGAAAGUGGUGCUAGACCCUUAUAAAGGCUUGUUGCUCACUAUCCUCUUGACUGUAGAACCAGUUAUAAUACUCAUCGCUGGAGUAAUCCUGCAACAAGGAUUUUUAAAAAGUUUUUAAUGGACUCACAGGUUUGCCAAGGUGGCAUCAUUUGUACUGUAUCAAGAAACAUUCUCAGCAAAUGCACUUUAAAAUAGUGAAUUAAAUCAGAGCAGUGCUGUCCAUGAUCUUCCAUGCUGUGGUCCCAUUAUUUACUCUUUGUAGAUAUUGGAAAUGGUGAGGACCAUAAAAUUCUUUUGGAGGGGCUUACCUUGCCCCAGAUUUCCAGUUGUUCACGUAUUAGGGGUUUUAUGAAGUCUAGGACACCAAAGCUUACCAAAGUGUAGCAUCAUAGUUUCUUUCUUUUAAAAUAUCUAAAGAUUAGAGGAAUCAGGGUGAGGUUUUGUGUACCAGGACUGAUUUACAAUAAAUUGAUUUUUAUGUACAUGCAAUACAAGUAAAAUAGAUGUCCACACCACAGUCCUUCAGCUGUUAACCAUCAAUCACAGCUUUGGGCUCUUCGGUAGGAGGGAGUUCUAGGACUUCAACAGCAGCUGAAGUCCUGUAGGUGUGACAUCUCUGAUCCAAAGGUUUUUUGCCAAGAGUAAUAAUAGCUACAUUUAAUUAAUGCCCGAUACACAUUUGUCGCAUCACGUUACAUAUUCAUCACGGAAACCCAGUGUCUGUCUACAAAAACACAGAUGUGAUAAAAUGUGGUAAAGAUUGCCGUUACCUAGGUUUGUGCAAUGUGUUCUUCAGGAACAUUACAUGAAGGAGCCCAUAUUAUUGGAUCACCUUAAGAAGAUCAUUUCAAAAUCUUUAGAAGCAGAAAAAGCUUUUAGGUGCCAAAUGUUUCCCCCCAAACCCCUCCUUACCUCAGAUGGGGUUUCCUUUAUGACUGCUCAAGCCGAAAUCGGCCCCUUAGUUUCAACAAGCUUUAGGUAAAUAUAAUUUUUGUCUCAUAAGAACAUUAUUCACUUUCAGGUAACAAUCAUUCUAAAUUGCAGAUUUAUCAGAGUUCAAGAUAAAAACUUAAAUAAUUCUAGAUAGAAAAAUAAUUUUUGUCUUUUACAGAUUUGUUUUUUGCUGCUUGUCAAUUUUUCCUCAUCUUUUUGGCAGCGUUGUUGUCGAUAAGUAUUGCUAUGACUUCCCUUACUAAAGAAUUCUCAGAUUGCUUUAGAUUACGGGAAUCUUGAGAAACUCGAGAACAGUGUUUUUCCACUAAAAAUUUCAAGCAACGUUUUCUUUAAUAUGCACUUACGAAAAUGUUUUUGAAUUUUGAUAAAUCUGCCCUCAAGCCAAAAACUUCUGCCUGUGCCAUUAGUUUUACAGUAAGUAGCUGAGUUUGAAACAAUGGCUAAGGGGCACAUUUACUAACCCACGAACGGGCUGAAUGCGUCCGAUUGCGUUUUUUUCGUAAUGAUCGAUAAUUUUGCGAUUUUUUCGUAAAAAAAAAAAUCGUAAAGACGCCGAAAAAAUCGCAAAAAAUACGAAAAAGUCGCAAAAUGUUUGUUUCCAAUCGGAAUUUUUCCAAUUCGGAUUCGAAAUCGUGUCUUAGUAAAUCAGCCCCUUAGUGUUGGCUUUCUCAUGCUAGCUGUGCCACUUCUUUAUGAUUGGGACACAGUUCACUGACCAAAUACACAAUGGCUUCUCUAGCCUCAUGGCAUAACUUGCGUUUUUUUGUUUAAAAUAAUUUGCCAACUACCGGGAAAUAGAAAACAACACUAGAUAAAAAAUGCUAAUUAAGAGUCGACUUAUAUAACAUAAGAUUGUUUAUCCUUAAAGACAUUGCCUUCCAUUUUUUUUCCAAACAUGGAACUACCAGCAAAAAGCUCAACAUGCUUCACUUUGUAUUGCAGAUGAUCUCCAUAUGCCAUCUUGAUUGCUAGAUGUCUUUUAAAUUGCCCUUUGCUGUACGCGCUAUGUACUUGAGUAUAUGGCUAAUCUGAAUUUUUUGUUUACUUUAUCAUAAUUGUACUUUAUGCAGAAAACUGGCUUUACAUUUCUAACAAAAACAUAAAACCAGACUUUGUUGUGCUACCACUAAUUAUAAUGAUUAGAUUCACCAUUUGACAGAUCAAAACAAAGUAAUGUUUUGAGCCGUACCUUGUACUUAGUUUAUUUUUAAAACAAGUGUGCAGUUUCCUAUUCGGAGUGAUAAAAUGAUUACAACACUUUUCCGCAAUUCCUGUGAUUUCCGUUCUCUCAAAAGCUAUAAAAUAUUGGGUAAAUGUAUUAAUGGAAAAUAAUUUGUUACCUCCCAUUUUUCCAAUGUUUUUUCAGUAUAUCUAAGGUUUCCUUGCUUGUCAGGAUGUGAAAAGUUUGGUUAUUUUUGCCACUUCAGUGCUAAAAGCCUAUAGACUGUAGAGAGAUGAUUGGCAUCACUUCAGAAAUUUGUUGUGACUGUUUUUUUGUGCACCACUUUUCUGCACGCCAAUAUCAGCCCCCAUGUGGCUUUAGCCUAAAUGUAUUGCAUCAUGUUUGGGCUCAGUAGUCUUGGAUACAAUACAUGACUCCAACAAGAGGUGCUCCGGCUCAUAUCCUUCACUUUGAAAGAACUACACAAUACAGCCUUGGAAAAUUCUUAUGUCUGCCCCUAUUGCAGCUAAUUUAGAUAUUACUUUGUUCCCUAUUCCGGUGUCCCUUCUCUAUUGAAAGUGAUGCAAAGAACAGUACAUGGUUCUCCUGUCGGACAGCUAUUUUAUUCAACUUCAUUCCUGAAAAAAUGUCAUUGGUCUGAUUCAAAACAUUAUCUUUAUGUAUUGGAUAAUAAAAAUGGUGUAUUAUUUCAGGUUUUAGGAUUCCGUAUAGCAUUAUUUAGAGCUCAUACAGAUUUACACUUUUGCAUGCAGCUGCUGAAAGCCCUUUUGCAGUGAUGAGUAAACAACUUGCUUAAGAUUUGCAAAUCAUCUCAAACCACAUUUUUUUUAUAUUAUAAUCUGAUUUUGCUUUGCUUGUGUGCCAUACCAUUCCAUUAACAGAUCAGUUUUGUUAUUUUGAAAAAUAAAAUACUUUGUCACUUG